AGUAUCGCCUGUGCAGAAAGGGCUGCCGAUAACCUAUGUAUGGGAAGUAGCAUUGUUUUGCUCUUAUCUCCAACACCUACCGUUGUAUUGAAUGUUGGUGCCGUAGUCCUCGGGUCACUUUCAAGCUAUAACUAUCUUGUAGUAUUGGUGUUUCGAAUUUCUUCGUGCCACGGUGCGCAUGUCUAGGACACCGUGAUACCUUGUGAUUGCCAUGCGACAAACCUGCAACGCGACAUCGAGAACUUACGAGAAAGCCUCAGAGUGAUACUCCAUGUGUAGUGGAACUUAUACGAGACAAACUCGGUGUUUUGUACAGCUCAUAGUCUGUAGGUCCGAGUUAACCAAAGCCGAUAAGCGAGUCUGUUUCUUGCUGAUUGCUUUUGCUGAAGGGGUGGUGAAUUGCUUCAACAUUGGGGAACACCCACAAAACCUUGUCUCUUAUUGGAUUGUACUCAUCUUAACGCGCUGUGGUUCACGCCUACUCGCAAAGGGCCCGCAUGACCACAAGAUCAACUUGGCUACUCCUCAACAUAAUGAGUCCUCGCCCUGACCCGGACAAGCAGCAACAUGCUGUCAGGGUAGCUACCCCAAGCACACAUGGGCAGAGAAUCAAACGACAAUGGGCGACUUCUACAAUCCUAGCGUUGCUUGGCAUGGCUGCACUUUAUCAUUUUAUUCAAAUAUUUCUAUUCACGCCUGCGAGUACGAGCUCUGAGGAUAGAUAUAUAGCAGAAAACAUCUUUGACUGGGCGGCGCUGCAACCAAGCAGAGAGCUCAAGUGGAAGAAUUGCUACCAUGGCAAAUUCGACUGCGCUAGACUCGAAGUACCACUAGACUGGCUAGAACCAUCAGAGGAUAAACGUGUAGUGCUUGCUGUUAUUCGAGUUCCGGCAAGGAACAGGGAAGAUUACAGGGGGCCGGUUUUUGUGAAUCCAGGGGGACCCGGAGGCUCAGGGGUGGCCUGGAUCGCUGAUGGAAUUGGUGACUAUCUACAGACAAUCGUAGGGAACAACCACGAUAUUGUGAGCUGGGAUCCUCGUGGUGUUGGAGCCUCAAUACCUCGGGUAGAUUGUUGGGGUUCAUCACAGAAACGACACGACUGGAGCAUGCAAAUGUCAGGCGUCGUGGACUCCCAUCCAGGCAUGCUUUUCGAUGCGCUGGCCCAGUUCGAUGCCCUCUCUAGACAAUGCGAGACGCACAUGAACAGGAUGACCCCUGAACUCCUAUCGCAUAUAUCCACCGCUUCCCAUGCACGAGAUAUGCUGGAGAUCUCAGAGAAGAUGGGAUUCAGUAAAGUCAAGUAUUGGGGCGUCAGCUGUGAGUACAGGCAACAUCCGUUAAUUUCUUGUGAUGGAACUAUUCUCGGUGGCACCUUUGCCGCACUAUACCCAGACAGAGUCGAAAAACUCGUCAGCGAUGGAAAUGUGGACUAUCACGACUGGUUUGCCAGCAUAAAGCUCAACUAUCUCCAAGAUGCCGACAAAAUCAUGGAAGCGUUCUUUGAGUUCUGCAACAAGGCAGGACCAGAUAACUGCAAGUUUUACCAAGCGACCUCCGAUGCAAUUGAGGUGCGCUUUUUAGAACUUCUUGCAAGUCUUCGAAAGAGUCCCGUCUUGAUACCAGCGCAUACCAACGGCACGCAACUCGAGAUGCCAGAGCUUGUCACUUACUCGAAGCUGCAAAAUCUCAUCCGCGGCUGCAUGUACAAGCCGAUCUACCGAUUCCCGGCCCUAGCAAGGGUGAUGGCCGCACUUGAACAGCGGGAUGGCGUACCUUAUUACCAACUCCGGGGCGAAGAUAUGGGAGGGCCCCCGCAGCUCGACUUCUGCUUACUGAACGAGACCUUGCCCACGGUCCCCUCCAUCCCCCAGCACUCGGACGACGCAUUCCCAGCCAUCAUGUGCGCGGACAGCGAGGCCGCGGAUGCGGACGAGUGGACGCCAGACACCUUCCUCGCCUACUUCGAGGAGCUGCAGCGCAUCAGCAGAUACGCCGGCGCCUCGAACAUGCACUCGCAGCUCUCCUGUGCCGGCAGGCAGGAUCGGCCGAGAUGGCGGUACGCGGGUCCGUUCCGCAACAUCACCACGAGCUUCCCGAUCCUGUUCAUCGGCAACAUCGCCGACAACGUGACGCCGCUCUCGAGCGCGAGGAACAACUCCCGUGCCUUUCCGGGCUCCGUUGUCCUGGUGCAGAGGUCCUAUGGCCAUGCCAGCCUGGCGGCGCCCAGCACGUGUACGGCAAAGGUGAUCAGAGAGUAUUUCCAGCAGGGCACAUUGCCAGCACCUGAGACAGAGUGUGGGCAGGAUUGGGAGUUGUUCGAGGAUCCUCCCCCCGUCCUGGAGGGGGUUGAGAGUGACCGUGAUUUGCAAGUCGCUGUGCGGGAGCUUUCGAGGACGGCGAAUGUUGCUAUUGGUAGCUAAGAUGGGAUUGUGAGAUUCUUCUGAGCCAGUGAAGAUCGAACGUCGUUUUAGGAGCAUUGGAGAAAGAACGGGGCGGGGGUGUAGCAGGUGUGUUAUCACGACGAUAGUGGUUGGAUAGUAAAGUCUCGGGAUCAUGUGCAGAG